AUGCUCGCUUUUCUUCUAGUUAUUAAGGGUGCUAGAGGGGGAUUAGGUCCUAAUGCUUACAAUACAUCGCACACUGCUUCAUCUACCAACUUGACAGACUGCAGUCUUAUCAACGAGUACGCAUUCGAUGGCUCCCCGGCCAUGAAGGUAAUCCCGGAAACGAGCGAGCAGACCACUACGCCAAGCUCGCAGCUAUACAGGCGUCUACAACUCACGCAUGAAGCGACUCUGGUCUCUGUGUACCGCCGACGCCUCCAUGAGCUGGCGUACAAGACAUGGCAGGGGGAGCGGGUGCUGGACCUCCUCCACCGCGCACACAGCUCGGUGCUUAUACAGAUGCAGACAGGCCGGAUUGCAUUGGCAUCCUACCUGGGAACAUUUGGUGCCAUAGACACGACGGCAUGCCCAUGCGGAUAUGGGACGCAGUCUGUCCAAUAUGUCCUGCUCUUAUGCAACAGGCAUGCAGAUCUGCAGCUAAGAACAUUGUAG